AUGUUGGACGACAUUAUUAAUGACAAGAAAAGUACCGAUGACAAGCUUACGCAGUUGCUUACCGCACACGGCUGCUUCAGUAAGUACGAGAUAGCGCGGCGGGAGGUAUCACCCUUCUGCCACGAGGGUGGUGCGCCAUUCGACACGGCGCACCACACCCUGAAGGAGUGUGCCGCGUGGGGGCCUCAGAGGCAUUCCCUGGCGGCGGUUAUCUGCGGAUACCUCUCGUUCCUGAGUAUCAUCGACGCGAUGGUCGGAAGCGAGGAGUGCUGGUCGGAGAUGGUCUCCUUCUGUGAAAGUGUGAUGUCACAGAAGGGGGCCACGGAGCGGGAGCGGGAAGAGAACGCCGCUGUAGAACUGCUCCGCCGAAGAAGACCGGGGAAAAUAAAGAGACGCUAUGCGCACCUUCUUCCAGCGACGCUCUGA